AUAAUAUAAUCAACAACUACUCCAGCUUUCUCAUCGAUCACGAGCAAACCUAAAAAGAGUCUGCGCCCCUUGCUUAGAGUUACCACAGACGGACAUGGCUUCAAUGAGCAUGACAGCCUCUCUCCUUCCGAGCUCAAGCUCCAGUUUGACUAGACUUCCUUCAAGAGCUGCUCGCAGAGGUGCGAUUGUGGCCAAGGCGACCAGCGCCGACCAAGGAGACAAGGCCAGCUUGGAAAUAAUGAAGCAAGAGGGCAGCAAUGGGAGGAGGGAAUUGAUCUUUGCCGCUGCUGCCGCUGCCGCAUGCUCUGUUGCAAAUGUUGCGAUGGGCGAAGAAGAGCCUAAACGUGGGACGGCUGAAGCUAAGAAAAAAUAUGCUCCUGUUUGUGUCACAAUGCCUACUGCUAGAAUCUGUCGGAACUGAACCUUAAGUUUCUCUGUAUCUAAUGUGGAUUUGUAUGUGAGAUUCAUGUACUGAGUUGUAUGAAAACUUGCAUCUCUUUUUUAUUGGAGAAUCCUUAUUUUAUAUAUAUAAAUAUUUUCCUUUUCCUUUUCAA